AUGUCGUGGAAGUGGAGUCCACAAAACUGCCUACACUUGCAGCUGUACAGAGACAGUAAAGACCGAUGCAAGAAUGGACCCACCAAGGCUUCUUUGUCUCUAGAAGGUUUCUUAGGCAUGGAAACAGGUUUCACCUUAGACAAAGAAAGCAACACUAUGGCGUUAAUAUGCUCGGAAGUAGUCGUCGUCCUGGCUUUUGACUCCAGAGAGUUGCUCAUACAGUGGCAAGUCAAAGUGAGGGCAAAUUUAGUCGAAGAACACCAAUUCCUGGUACAAAUCGCUCACGUCCCAACCAAGAGUAAACUUGCCAGUGGACCUGCACGGUUGCACCUCUUAGACUACAUGUUCUGCCUUACGGCUGGUGUACCUCCUAAACUUCUAGGGAUCUGGCCUUUGAGGGAACUGCGACGGUUUGGAGUUGUAGAUGGAAAGUUUUGCUUUGAAGGGGGAUCUAGGUGUGGCAAAGGAGAAGGGUUACACGUACUUUUGACAAAUCAAGCUAAAGAUCUUGUUCAGGCUUUUGAUAUGGCAUCAAGAGGCAGAUUACCGGGUAAAAGAAAAGUUUCUGUUCGUAAAAAUACAAGUGGUGUGGAUGGUAACAGAACUCUCGGUAACAGAACAAGUUGCGGCACUGCAUUAGCAGAUAAUGAAAAACUGAACUCGGAAACGUGCAGUUCUGAAUCUUCUACGAAACCCUUGUUGAGUUCCGGAUCGGAUGGCAGCGAUAUGGGCAAAGGCGUUCGCCCUUGUCACUUUCACUACAGGUGGCCAUCGUGCAUUGUUCCCUGCGGAGUCGCUACUAGGGGUGAAGGAGUGACAGACGAAGGUACCAGAACCAUUGCGAGGUCAACUGUGGGUGGACAUGGAAGGGCAUCCGACGGACAAAUGCUAUGGGCUGUUGGUCACUGUCAAGGAUGUGGUGUACAUUACUGUCGAAGGAAUACUAACGAUAAAGAGAACACAGUCCCUGCAACUGGAGAGGAGAACACAGGAUUUACCCCACAAUGGACAAUGGAUCUUGGAAUUGUGUCACCCUCAAAGGAUGGUACAGCACCCAACGUUCAAACCAGGACGUGUUCCAGAAACAGAACUAAAGUGUCACCCCACGACAGAUCUUCUUUAUGCUCACAAAGCAGUCAAAGUAGUGGCACCAGCACAGGCAGCAACGCAAGUUCUAGCAGUAGCAGUAGCAUGUCUGAGUAUUCAGUGCCUAAAAACUGUCUUGAAGCAUUCUAUGACAGGCCCAAGAACGUUCAUCACCAAAAUACCCCAUCCUCUACGUUUCCUUACAACCGCCUCAGCCUUACCGAAGACAAAGAUAGGUUGGGUCCUAUCAGAGAAGGUGGACCUUGCACGUGUUGGAAGCAACAGAAGACAUCCGAUCCAGCGUCCCAUGAAUUGUUGCUGUUUGGUGGAUGUCUUCUGUGCUCCUGCUGGGGUCGGACGAGUGUAGAUGUGGACAUGCCAUCAGUAAGUAGCAGCGGAAGUAGUAAUGCAUCCCCCUCCACAUCACCUAAAAAGCAAAUGCCAUUGGUGAGUGUCCCAAUCCUGCUACCUUGCACUUGCGGGAAAGCUGCAAAUAAUCCAUACCUCAACUAUGCAGUUCCAAGAUCUGGAGCACCAGUUAAAGUUGCGAAGGAAGGAACAGCAGAAAAGAUUACAACGCCUUCUUCUAACGAAACUGCAGAAAGCCAAGAAACGAAAAUUAUAAAUCGAAUAGAUAAUGCUAACAUACCAACAGAAGAUAAAGAGGACAAUGGAAACUUGAGGUCAUUAAAAUCUCAACAAACUGUACAGCCAAGCACUUGUCAGCAGCCCCAAGUAUGCUCUUGCCAACGUUUGCUCUUGUGCCCAGGAAGUCUUCUGCCUUCUUUCAGUCAAACCAUCCCUGCAGACAGUUCUCGAAGAUCAGCUGGAAGAAAUAGCUCAGAAUAUGGAUCCGUUACUCCCAAAAGCGGAAGUGCAUCUUCAGCUGAAAACGAAAACACAAAACGAAGGGCAGGAGGUGAUCACAAUCUCAACUGUCGCUGCAGGCAGCCUCCUGUUGCAUGUCCAGUUGCGGCACCGGAUUGUUGUUGUGGCCGAAUAACAAUCGGCAUGCCAUUUCUCAAUACAUUCAGCGCAAGGAUGGGGAGGAAGGACAAUGCCAAUCAUAUUUAUGUAAACUUAAAAUAUCUUCAAGAAACUGCAGCUGCAGCAAUGACCAGUCAAGGUGUACCAGGGAAGCUUAUACCUUAUUAUGCUAAUCUUCAUUUCCUACAAACUCUAUCUCUUUAUGAGAAUGCUGACAUUCUAGAUGUUAGACCGUCACAUUUUGUCCCCAAUAUGUUUCCAGAUGGAACCAUUCCAGAAGGUACAGAAAUCCCUGCAGAAGAUGUUCUGAAGAAAGACGAUGCUCCGAAGAAACCGAAGAAAAAAAUCGACACUCCUUCAAAUAAUGGAGUAUAUGAGAUGAUGUCUUUUAAUCAAAGUGAGAUACCAUCAACAUCAGGGGAUAAUUAUUUGCUCAUGCAGCCUGCAGGUACUGAAAACAGAGGAGAAUUAGUAGCUGUAGAUGUUCCUGGCCAAACAGCUACUACAUCGCAGAGUAGUAGUUAUCAAGCAUCUCCACCAACUGCUGCUGCGGCUGUGGCUGCUGCAAUUCCAUGCGAUCCAGCACCAGAAGGAGAAAGUUCAUCAGCUUCGGAAACAAUUUUGCCUCUCAGACCUUUUAUGCCAGUACUCCUACCGUUCCAUGAACAUUCAUGCGACGUAAAAGACCACGCAGAAUGCGAUGAAACCUGUAAAUUAAAUUGUGGUGUAAGAAAAUGUGGUGGAGAAUAUCACUGCCGCUCUUCAAGAUCUAAUUCCCUCGGUGACCUAAAAAUGUCUGUGUUUCGAAGAGGAAGAUCCAGUUCUACUGAUGGCAGACACGAAUGCUCAACUUCUGAAGAUUCAGGAGGCUGUCAGUAUGCUGGAUGUGGUACAGCAAGUCCAAAGUCAACCCCUGUUAGAAAACAUCCUAUUCUUACUAAACUUACUUUGAGAUCAAAAGAGAAAUCUUUCAGUACGGACGAGAUUACACCACCGUCAUCAGCACCCUCUUCUCCAGAUAGUCUGUUCCUAGAAAGUAUUCAAAAAUACCCUUUCCAUCGGUCAGCUGAUUGUCUGCAACUAAAUGAAGAAUACCGAUUAUCAGAAGAAGAUUUGUCUCAAGACCCUGAAAUCAUUAUGAGCCAGAGUAUGGAAAAAAGCAGUAGUCGAACAACCUCAAGUAUUAAAAGAUCAUCAAGUGUACCUUGCAAAACAAAUCCUAAUAGCCAGCAGCAGCAACACAAUUCAGCAAGUUCUACUGAUUCGGGUAUAUCGACACAUUUGCCAGGAAAUUUAAGUAGUCAAGGUGCUGUAUUCUCCCAUUUUAUCGCAUAUCAUGGUUCGCUACCUCGACGCCACACAGGCAAUGCAGCAAGUAGGCACCCUGUACCAGAGCGGAAAUUUUCCACUGCAAGUGCUAAGAACCAAGCACCCCAGACAGAACAGAAAUCAUCAGAUCAAUCUAAAAUGAUUUUUAUUUCUGAAUGCAAGCAAUGUCACCAAUUCGUGACGUCACCAGAGGGAGUCUUAGUGCUGGAUGCCAAAAGUAUGACUUCCAGUUCUUCCUCUGACAUGUCAGAUUAUAUAGAAUCACUGUCACUAUGCUCUCGCAGCAGCAGUGGAAGUGGAAGUAGUGCUUGUGGUGGUGUCGGAACAAACGAAUACAUACGGACAGAUGAUCUGUGCAGCGCCCUGAUGAAAAUUCCCACAUCUUGUACCAGUUCGCUGAGACCAAGGUCAGGAAAAGAGUAUCAUACAUUUGAUAGAGUUCUCAUUCAAGAUGGUUGUCCAUAUAUCCCUAUAACAGAUUGCUCACAUUUGAAUCUUUCUUGCUUGAAGCCUUUUGCGGAUGACUCACGACAAGACCAAACCGAGGACCCUGUUAAUGCUAAUUUAAGCAACGCACCGGAAUCUAACACAACUACCGCAAACAAUAAUAUCAUCAACAACAAUAACUCUAACAAAAUGAACUCGCCUUCAUCUGGGUACGUUAGUUCUUCCCCAGGGAAUGUCGAAUUCCUCUCCUCUCCAGAGAAGACUACUCAAUUUACUUUCCCCAAAGAAACUACCAAAGAACUUAACUAUUUAGAGGUUGUAUCAGUUGGUGAAGCUGAACCAACAAGUCCUAUUGUAAAACAAGGUGCUGUCCAGUACGCUGUUAUUGACAUGGUGGCCACUACAGCUGCUAGAAAACUUAGCACCGAAAGGGCACAGUUGCGAAACGAGGGGAAGAGUCCGACCCCAACAGAAUGUAGCUCUCAUGGUUCUUGGGUAUGCGGGGAAUGUAGUCCUAAACAUACGAAUCUUGAAGAUUCGAGUGCGGGCGACAAAAAGUGAACUACAGAUACAAUGAAAUGCUUUGUCUUUCCUUCAGGUGAUUCAUUACUAUUAAUACAUGAAGUUCAGCCACAGAAGAGGUUAAAUUGUAGAAGAAAGAGUUUCGGGUGAAUUACUCUUCUUUGUGUGUGCAUGUCAUAUCCUGAUACUGUGUUGGAUAGAAGAGAUUUAGAGAUUCUCAAAUUUAGAGUAAAAUUGAAUAUUUUUAUAUUCCCCUCUCGUUCCUGGCACCCCCUAUUCAGGAAUAAGAGAUGACAACAAGGAAUUCAAAAGUGGGCCUUGAUUAAGUUCCAACAACCGAACGAACCGAGCUCUGAAGCAGUAUUUGGAUUCCUGUUUCAAGAUACGUUAUUAUGGAGAGAACAUGUUCUCCCAAGCAAUAAAUAAGCAAUGGCUGUACUGUGGACUAAGCUUUCUGUGCAAAACAUUGCAGUAGCCCUCAGAUUAAUGCUCACAACAGACUAGUACUCUUCACACAUUCAAAGAAAAGUUCUAUAGUGUGACAACCAGUUCACUAAUAUGUUCUGACAAAUACGAUGGUGCCUAUUUAUAUAAUUCUUUUUAAUUCAACUUAACCUAUCAAAGACUUUUAAAGAACAUGCACACUCUUGUUUUGUUUUAAGCUUCAAAAAACUAAAAUGUGAACUUGUAUCAUUUUAUAAGAUUUGAAACUUCAUUCUUUUAAAAUUUAAUGAUUUCUGUAUACUUAAUCUCGAAAAGAAUGACAUGAAUACAAAAGUAUGGUUUCAUAAUAUUAGUUUUCUUUUAUAAAACUUCUUUACAAACUGUUUUUCGAAAUAUUAGAAAACAAAAUUUUGGAACUAAUAUUUUAAAAUGUUUGGCUUGCAGUUUCCGUUGUUACUAUAUUACUGCUCAUAUUGUAAUACUGCAUGCUAAUAUAUCAGUACUUACUGGCGUAUAGGAUAUGAGCAAUUAAAUUGGAAUUUUUAGAAUCUGUUCAAGUACUAACAUGUGUUUCUUCAAAAUAGUAGCUAUCGAUAACUAUUACGUCUGUAAAAAUCUUUGUUUUCGUUAUUCUCAAAGUGUUUCAUUUUGUGAUAGAAGUUCAUAUGGAUACGAACGAAAACGUAAUACUUUUCUCUAGUAAUCGUUUAGACGAUAAGAAUCUGGCAACAGUGAUGUAAUUGUUAAAGUUAAUAUUGAAGUAUGGCGAUUUUUAAUUCUGAAAACGCCUUUUUGAACCUUACCAAACUAUGUGUUAGUUGAGCGCUUUGAAUUUUUAGCGCGAAUUUUUUAGGUAUGUAUUUUAUCAUAAGGGGGACCACUUUGUCCUAUAUUAGAGUUUUAAAUAGUUAAUGUGAGCAAAUGAGCAGUGAGCAUAAGAUUUCCACUGAAAACAGAUUUAUUGAGUUAUACAUUCAGAUAUAAGAGGCACAUAAUUAAUUAAAAUUUUCAGUAUAACUAAUUUUAUUAGAUGUUAUUUCCUUGAAUUAUUUUUUGUGAAAUUCUAAUUUUCUGUACUUUUUUAUAAGUUUCAUCUACAGUAAAAUCUACAGUAAAAAUUGUUUAACAGACAGUAAUAACAUUUAACAUGGUUUUAACAUUAUUUUGAAUUGUUAAAAAUGAACGUUUUAAUAGCUUCGUGGUGACAUAUAUUCAACAGUAAGAAAAGGUGAAACAGAGGUCAACUAAAUUUAACGGGGUUUUUGCUUUAUUUUAAAAUGUUAAAAUUAAUUUUUUUGAUAAUUUUAGGUGAUUGAUAAUCUGCAGUAAAAAUAGUGUAAUAGAAGAAAAUCAAAUUUAGAUUUAUUUUAUUUUAAAAUGUUAAAAUAAAUGCUUUUGUUGUUAUAUGAUUGGCAAGUAUAAAUGGUAUGACAGAAUUGAAGUAAAAAUGUAUAACAGGAAGUAUCAAAAUUUAACAUAAGUCUGCUUCAUUUUAAAAUAUUAAAACGAAAAUUUUAAUAUUUAUAUAAUAGCAUUUAAUCUGCAGCAAAAAUGAAGUAAAAGGCAUCAAAAUUUAAAGUGGAUUUUACUAAAAUUGAAAAUAUUAAAAUAAACGUUUUAGCAGUUGUAUUUUUAUCUACAGUAAAAUUUUUACUUGCAAAUAAUGUAUGCUAAACACGGUAUAACUGAAAGCAACACAAUUUAACGUAAUUUUAACUUUGUUUCAAAAUUUUAAAAUGAAAGUUUUGAUAAUUGCAUGAAACAUGUAUAAAAUCGUAGCUUUUAAUACAUAAGUUUCUGAAUGUAAUUAAAAAAAUUACGGCGUGAAGAGAAAAUGUAAAAAGAUAGAGUCUAAAAUCAUAAAAUAACAUUAAAUUCAUGUUCAUUGUAUUACGAAAUCGUUUGCUCAACCCAAUACUUAAAAAACGAGUUUUGAAAUAUAAUUAGUCAUUAAUAAUUUAUAAACUUGUGAAUAUUUUGUUAAAGUAAUAUUAUGAAAAUUUAAGGAUUUAUAAAGGUAAAUUUAAGGUAUUUAACAUCAAAUGAUUAUUAUUUCCAGUGAGGUAUGUUUUGAACCUUGUUAAUAGUAAAAAUGAUUUCAAGCUAAAAAUAGAGUUUUCUAAAAGAGAAUGUUAAACAGUGCACAGUGGAAGUGAGAAAUGCAACUCAAAUCAUUUUUAAUGAUGCAACGUUUUGUAGAAAUAUAAGAAAUAUUUCAACAAUCAUGCUCAUUUACUGAAUAAAAAAAGAUUUUUGUAUAAAACGUUUUAAAUUCUACGUUUUAAAAGAAUUCUAAUACAAAACAAACAUCUUCUAUAUUAAAAAUUUAACUACUAUUUUUUGGAUUGUCAAAAGGA